AUGGAGAUGCCAAUUCCCAGACGGCCUUUCGAGCGACGAACAUUCGAACUCACACCUGCCUCUGCCGACUCAUCUUACCCGCCAACACCCGCGGAGGAGCACCACCCAGAGCUACUCAACGAUAACAGACGGUCUGAUCUCAGCCCUCAGAAGACAAGAUCAAUACUGAACCUGACCUCGAGUACCCUCUUCGGCAUAUAUUCAGGCACUUCAGAAUCUGGUGGCCAGGAAGGCUCAACACCAUGGGGCACAGGCGCGCAGACACCCAGUAAACGCAGGAGUAUUGACGGCAAUCUACCCGAAGAGCCACAGAUCACUUGGUCCGAUGCUCGCAACAAACCACAAAAUGCGGGCCGAGCAAAAUCAAGGAGGACUGGCUUCAGAGGCUACGUGGUACCUCUGGCUCUACAGACUGUACUUCUCUUUGCCUUUGGCGCUGGCUUUGGAGCAAUAGUCACGCAUUUGCACCAAACACAGCAGAUCACGCCAGUACCGGUUCCUGGAACAGAGAAGAUCACCGGCUAUUAUCACUUCUCUUGGGGCUUGUUUGGAAUACUCGUGGGCAAUGGCCUGCCUCUCGUGGACAAGUGGCUGAGCGAGGAAAUACUCGAGUCCGAACAUAAGCCUUCCGGCCACAAACGGACUGUCUCAUCCAGUUCCGAUGACGACCGAGAGACGCUUGGACCCAUGUGGUACUCGGCAGUCAGGAGUGUUGGGGCUUUCGUGGGCAUUGCAUUCGCUGUGGAGACUGCCUUGGUCAUCGACUUUGCAGUUGUCAUCGACUUUAGCACUGGCUAA